CUAGAUCAUCUAUGUUACAAUACUCUACCCUGCUAUAUCAUCGAGAAGGCUUGAUAUUAAACUCCGGACAUCGCUUUAGCUGCUGCCCCUCCUUCCCUUUCCUUUAUCAAUUCUGUGCAUGAGAAGAUAGGAACGCGUGACCGGCCGACAAGGCCAUUCCUUUGCGGCCAGGGCGCGAGGAAUGGGAGGGUGCGAGGACGAGUUUGCUCAGGCAGUCGAAAUCAUCUCUGGUCUCUACUAUUUUCUCCCCCUCAAGCGUCCGGACAGCCCCCGCUAUUCACCUAUUGCUCAGUCUAACAUCUGCUACUGCAUCGAUGACGAGCUGCUUUACGAGCCCUUCUUUGCGGACUUUGGACCGUUGAACCUAGGACGCACGUAUCGGUUUUGCCAGAAAACCAAGCAGCUACUCCAGGAGGCGGAGAAACAUGGCAAGCGCUUAUACCUCUAUGCUGGACCACAUGCGCACCAGAAAGCAAAUGCGGCCGUGCUGGUUGGAAUUUAUCAGGUUAUCUACCUAAACAGGACAGCGGACGUAGCUUACAAGCCGCUUUCGGCUUACAAGCCUUACGUGCCAUUCCGCGACGCUUCAUGCGGCGUGUCGACCUUCCACUUAACCGUAUACGACGUAAUCCGGGGUCUUCAGCGAGCGCACGAUGUGGGGUUUAUUGACUGGAACUCCGGUUCCUCCACGUGGAGCCUGGAUGAGUACGAAUUCUACGAGCAGGUUGAGAACGGCGACCUCAAUUGGAUCGUGCCGGGCAAGUUCGUGGCGUUCUCCGGCCCUGCAGCCCGCUCCAACGAGGUGGCUGGCUACCGGCUGCACACGCCGGAGGACUACUGGGACUACUUCAGGAGGCGGGGGGUCACCACCGUGGUGCGGCUCAACAAGAAGGUGUACGACCGCAAGCGCUUCCUGGACGGGGGCUUCAAGCACCAUGAGAUGUACUUCCCGGAUGGCUCGUGCCCCUCGGAAGCAAUCAUCCAGCGCUUCCUGGAGACGGUUGAGGCCGAGCCAGGCGCCAUCGCGGUGCACUGCAAGGCGGGUCUGGGUCGCACGGGGCUGCUCAUCUGCCUCUACAUCAUGAAGCACUACCGCUUCACGGCGGAGGAGGUGCUGGGGUACAUCCGCGUGUGCCGCCCGGGCUCCGUCAUCGGGCCGCAGCAGAACUUCAUCCGGGAGAUGGAGGCGCGCAUGUGGCACGAGGGGGAGAUGUACCGAGCUGCCAGGGGUAUGCCCAAAGUAGCCCCGGCGGUGAGCGACCUUGUUGUGGCGGGGCGCGCGGCGGGGCACGCGGAGCUCGCCGCGUCGCCCUCGCCGCUCUCCAUCAUUGACGGGGCUGCCGCCGCGGCAGUAGCAGCAGCUGCUGCCGCCGCUAGCAAUGUCCGCACCGCCAGCUACGGCAGCAUCGGCAGCGGUUCCGUUGCAGGAGCAGCGGCGGUUGCGCAACCGUCAUACGGGUUGUAUAGAUCCAAUAGCGGUACGGCGAACGGCGGCAGGUCUGGAUCAGCUGGGUCAACGCAUGGUCCAGCAAACGGGACUGGCUCAGGCUCCAUCCCUUUUGCAGGGGCAGUCUCGGCCUCCGCCGUUUCCCCCGGUGACGCGUCACUUCUGCAGUACAGCAAAUUGCAGCAGUACGGCGGUGGUUCCGUCAGCGCUUCGUACGGCACUAUCGGAACCUCCUCCAAUGGCUACUUGACAUCGGAUUAUAACUCCGUAUCUUCGCCGGCGGUGCUUGGCGGAGGCGUUGGGUCUUCCGUAGCCUCCCCUGGCGUCAAUGUUGGCGGCUACACCUCUAGCUACAGCGCCGUAUCCUCCGUGUCGUCCUUCCGCAAUCGGUACAGCGCCACUCCUAGCGGCUACAACAGCGGUGUCGGACGCUCCAUGACGCCGCUGCGGUACGGCACCCAGAACACGGGCGCCUAUCACAUGGGCGUGGGCAUGGGCGCGCACCACCAUCACGCCGGCACAGGGGGGCACUACGGCGGCCACCACCACGGUGUUUCUGCCUCCCACCCGGGUCCACUCCAGGCAUCGGGUGCGGCCGCUCGGGGAGGGCCCAUAGGCAUCUCAUCCGUCAGUCGUUCCAUGCAGAUGGCCCCAAGCAGUGCCGCGGCGGCUGCGGCAGCAGCAGCAGCCGGCAUGGGUCGCUCGCCCUCCACGGGUCGCCUCAGCGCCGCCGCAGGCCUCGCAGCGCCACCGACUGCGUCCGUAGCCGGGUUGCGAUCCACGCUGCACACCGAUACGCUCGCAGCAGCCGAUCGACCGAAGCUCAUUCCUGAGCGGAACACCCAGAGUGCGGACAUUGGCUCAGGGUUUGGUCUCGGCAACACUUCCCUCGCAGCCAGCGUGUCUGGUGGCGUAAUGGGCGCGGGGCAGGCCGGGGGGGGCUCGGCGCCAUGGCGCAUAGCCGCCGCCGGACAAGCCAACGGGGCCUCGUCCACCACUGCUGGAGGAGCACCGGGCGGUAUGGGUGUAGGGGCCACGCGCGCUUCGUCUAUCGGCGGCAGAUCGGGGAGCACCGGCAGCCACACGGGAGCGCCGGCGCCACCAGGUGCCGGCAACGGCGGUGUGGUCCGCGUCCUCGCGCCCAACGGUCAGCCCCGGAAAGUGCCGGUUGCGUUGUUGCAUCAGUACUCCCAGCAGCAGUAUCAGCAGCAGCAAGCAGGGGUUGGAAGCAUAGGUGGUUGGGCGGCAGCUGGUGGCGGUGGCGGAGGGGUGGGGAGCGGCUCCGUAGUUGCAGCCCUAGCUGGAGCCGGCAUUAGCGGCACGAAACCGCCCUCUGCAUCCAGCGCCGCGCAGCUGCGCUCGGGGUACUCGUACGGAAUGCGGCAAUGACGGUUGCGGCGCUGACGAAUGCGCUCAGCAUGGCCGUUUGACGCGCAGUUGGAGAUGCCGGUUCCUAGUCACCGGUUCCUAGUCAUAGCAGGUGGACAGGCUGGCAGGAGUUAUGGAAGCCAUCGACCAAACUUUCCGUGGGCGCUUUUUGUUUACUUAGCUCCGUUUGGGCCAUGCUGUGCAUGGAGCGGUGGCAAAUGCUUUGGGGUUGAAUGACACCACGUUGCGAUUUGCAGUUUGUGCCCCAGUGGUUAGCAUGGCCCUGGCUCGUGCGAACGCCGCGAGGUAAUAGAGGGUUAUGACCUAACCGGGAAGUUCGAGUAUCCUUCGCGUGCAGGGUAAUGCUGGUUUCAUGGCGGUUUUGCUUUUACUUGGUCCAGCCAUCCUAGUCGCAGGUGGUGGCUAUUGAUUGCUGGCAGGCGGACGCUUUCAUGCUAUUCUUCGGGAGCAGGCUUAUGUUUCCGCGUUAUUGCCCGUCUCGGACGGCUGUUGGGGGUUUCCAGAGCAGCGGGCGGCAGCGCACGGGCGUCCAGUAAGGCGCCCGAUGUGUGUCGCAUCAGGUGCUGUAUGAUGCCUUUUGCGUUGGCAAUGCAUGCUUCUGGGUUUGCAUUCUGCAGGUUAGCUUACCACCAUGAUUCCGUUCGUGGUUUCGUUCGCCCUGCAUCCCGAGAGUUCCCUGCGGCUUCCAGGUGCCGGUGCCUAGGCGUGCGUCCUGUCUCGCGUCGCGCCCUGUCCUGAAGCCACUGUCGGUGCUUGCAUGCUUAAGGAGGUGGCAUGUGGGGCCCGCUAGCAUGCCUUGAGGGAGGCCACGCACACGCUUUGGCGCGCGGAAGGGGAACGGGGGCAGGGUUCGCUUAGGUUCAUGUGGUGCUUUGGAAAGGGAGCAGAAGCAGUUUGUUUAGGACUAGGACCGAGCUGUGUAUGUAGGCAACGACAGCAGGAACAGGCUUGGCUUGGCUGACUUGGGCCGCGCUGUUGGCAGGUUACGAUAGAUGUAGUUUUGAGGGCAUUCAUUAGAUGCUGCCCUUUCCUUUCCAUGCUUAUUGUGGAAUCUCCGCGUGUGUGUCUGUGCAUAUGUAUGGCGGCGGUGUUGGCCGCUUAUUUGCGCGGCGGCCCUUGGCCAGCGGCGCUUUCUGUUUGCACCUGGACUUCCUCCUUGACGCAUCCUUUUGCCUUCCGGGCCCGCCUUUGUCUCGGCCGCCCAGGCGGCUGCGCCCCAGGGUUUCAUUCCUCAUGCCGUUCACGUUUACCUCUUUGCGCACGCUUUACAGCGGCUGUUGAGCGAGAGGCAGUGAGUUGCGAAGAGCGGAAGCGGGUUGUGUCUUCGUGUCGAGGAUGUCAAGCCUUGAUUCGAGGUGUACCGUUCCUCCGCGUCGGACGGAUGCUUUCCCGUGUAGGAGCCGCCUCCUGCGCAGCUGGUGCUUCCUGCCGAGGGAUGCUCCUGGUAGGGAAGCUGUGCCGAAUCUGCCUCCCGGGCAGCAGGAUAUGCGGUUGGCAACAAGGGACAUACCAGGCGUCUGGCUUCUGUAGGGGUUGUGCGAAGCACCCGUUGAGUCUGACCGCUCAAUCAUAAGGGGACUCAAGCAAGUCAAAGCCUUAUGUUUUCUGUGAGUGCAUAUGCAACAGCAACACCUUUUGUUUAGUCUUAUUCCGUGGUGGCUUGGUUUGGGCCUGGGCUUCAAUAGGCACCAUCACUGAUGUUUGUCUUCGAUGCAAGCGUUGCUGCGAUGGCCUGCAGUUGUUUCCCUUGCACAUUGAGGAUAAACGAUGAUAAUAUGGUUGUGUGGUAGGAAUGCCCCUGAUGCUGUCGCUGGGCAAUAGUUUAUAUAUGAAGGCCCGAGCGAGCAUGCAGUCGCUGGCUAGUCCUGGCAGUCGUGAGAGAUGUGCCGCGUGCCGUGUUUUGGGCAACCCUUGCAGUCGUCUUGCAAGCGGGCACGGGUAUGCUGGUGUUCGCGGGGCGGUGUGGUUGCUUUUGGUUCAGCUGCCGUCUGGGACCAACGGGCGUCGCUUGCCACGUUCCACGUUCACAAUCGGUAUCUGUCUAGGGAUGCCGACGCAGCUAGUUCUUCUGCUGUUCUGAUUGGGUGAUUGAAUGCAGCAAAUCCGCACGGAUCCUGGUUCCUAGGGCCCUGUUUGUGUCGUAGUAGACUUUCGUGUUGUGUUUGCAAGCCGGGCUUGCAUCCUUCGUUGUCUGUGGGUGGGUGCAGAUGAGUUGGCUGCUGUCAUUGUGCUGUAUCGCGUAAAAUUCAUAGCAGUAGAUUCUUGUCGCUGUAGGUUUUAGAUACGUCGACGCGUCGAAUGGGCUGCUGCUGCUUGUUGCACUAAAUGAAGACUGAUACUGCUGCGAUGACGUGCGUACUUUCGUUUUCUGGUUUUGUCUUGCAACUUGGGUGCAGACCGCCUCUCUCUCUUGCCUGCUCGUUACUCGUUAAGAUGAACGGGUGUGCAUGUGGGUGCUCCCUUGGCUGUGGUAGACUGGGUGUGGUGCAGUGGUGUUGCCGGUGUUUCUAAACCAAGUACGACGAUUAUGACGAUUUUGACAAAUCUAACACAUGCAAACACUUUCCGGAAACUGAGACACACAGAGAUGCACACAACACGCGACUGGUGGGUGUCCCGAUGGAGGGCGCUGCUCGCUCGUGAGGCAUACUGGAUUUUACCACGUACGAAUAGAGCCCUUUGGGAGGCUGUGUUGGGGGCCCCUCAGUAGUAGUCAGAUUUCAUGCAAUGCCUGAUGACUGAUAUGGCUUAUUGAGGGAUCGGAACAUGGAAACGUAGGUUUUAGGACAUGUCCGCGAGUUUUGAUGCAGCUUUUUGUGGUGUAGCUUUUAACUGACGACACUGCGUCUCGACAAUGCGUGGAGGGCCCUUUGCGCGCAAAUGGUGAUUGCUGCUGCAAAGCGGAGAAAGAGGUCGACAGCGUUUGUAGCGGAUUUUGAUUUUCGAGUGCAUAAUGCUCGCAUCCGUACAAAGUAGUGUAACCAAGUAACUCUAUUGGCAGGUGUCUCGAAACUUCAGCGGCAGCCCCC